AGCACGACGGCCGGGGAGGGAGCUCGACGGGAACCGCGCCUGCUCGGCUGUUAUCGCCUUCUUCAUGGGACGAAACGAGACUUGAGCUCCGCCAGAGACCAUGGGAGGCUGUUGACAUCCGACUUGGCCAGAAGUUCAAAGGACAGCCAGCAGAGUAGCCUGAACACAUCGGCCGGUGCACAGAGACGGGUCCGAACAUGGCCGCCCAUCGAAUCAGAGCCACCACCAACAACAACAACACUUCUCUCCCUCGCUGCAAGUCCGAGGGGACGCUCAUCGAUCUCAGCGAUGGAGUGUCAGAAGCCAGUCUCACUGAUGUCAAAGUGCCUUCUCCCAGUGCCUUACGACUGGACGCGACUGCCUCCUUCGGUGCUGCCAGGGAAGUUGUUGCCAUAAAGGACUACUGCCCAUCCAGCUUCACCACCCUGAAGUUCUCUAAAGGGGACCGCCUCUAUGUUCUGGACUCGUCAGGAGCAGAGUGGUGGUACGCCCACAACAACACAGAAAUGGGUUACAUCCCUGCAGCUUAUGUGCAGCCCAUCAACUACAGAGACUCAUCCUUCAGUGACAGCGGGAUCAUUGACACUGUGGGAGACUGUAAUGAGGAGGCAGCCAAAGAAAUGGACCUUUUAGGAGAGUGGGCAGGGGUGAUUCUGAAACCGACCACCUUCCAAAACGGAAAUCCUUUCGCAACAACCCAUACCUCUACGAACCCUUUCCUAAACGGGGGUCCUCAGAGCUCACUUGAUCAAAACAGUAAUGAGAAAUCACUUGACCUCCUUCUGUUUGACACGCUUACUCCAUCAGUGCCCAAUUCCACCAGCAGCACUGCCGACAUCCAUGGUUUUGGCAGUGGUGUGUUUAAUUUGAACCUUCUUAGUCCCACUGUAGGGUCGGGGCAAACGUUGCGCAGGGACAACCCAUUUUUUAGAAGCAAGCGGUCCUACAGUUUGUCUGAGCUGUCCAUCCUGCAGGCUCAGUCCGACGCCCCUCAGGCCUCAACCGGUUUCUUCGGAGGCCUGAAAGCACCAGCGCCAGAGCAGUUCCAGAGCAGGGAGGAUUUCCGGACAGCGUGGCUCACCCACCGCAAGCUGGCCAGGUCCUGCCAUGACUUGGACUCACUUGGUCAGAACCCAGGCUGGGGUCAAACGCAACCGGUGGAAACCAACAUUGUCUGUCGGCUGGAUAGCUCAGGAGGUGCUGUCCAGCUUCCAGACACCAACAUAAGCAUCCACAUACCCGAGGGCCACGUUGCCCCAGGGGACACCCAGCAGAUCUCAAUCAAAGCUCUGCUCGACCCGCCGCUAGAGCUGAACAAUGAUCGCUGCACAACCGUCAGCCCUGUGGUGGAGAUCAAACUCAGCAACAUGGAGACCAAAACCACCAUUACCCUGGAAAUGAAAGUGUCUGUUGUGGUGAAAAUGGAGAACAGGCAAACAACAGAAGUCUUGUGUGUCAAGAGUGAUUGUAAAGAGGGACCUUACACUCCCAUUCCUCAGGCCUACAUGUACGGGGACACAGUUCAGGUAUGCCUGGAUAACCUUGAACCAUGCAUGUAUGUGUGUGUUGUGGCUCAGUCCCAGUCCAUAUCUCCAGACUCCACAGUUUGGGAGCAUGUGGUUAAAAAGAUCACCUUAGGAGUGUAUGGUCCCAAACAUAUUCACCCGUCCUUCAAGACAGUCGUGGCUAUGUUUGGCCAUGAUUGUGCCCCAAAGACAUUAUUGGUGAGUGAAGUCGGCAAGCAAGCACAGUCUGCACCGCCAGUAGCACUGCAGCUCUGGGGUAAACACCAGUUUGUCUUGUCCAGACCGCAAGACCUCCGCGUUGGAGUUUACUCCAACAUGGCCAACUAUGAGGUGAAGGCUAGUGAGCAGGCCAGAGUGGUCCGGGGCUUCCAGGUUAAACUAGGCAAAGUCAGCAGGCUUGUCUAUGUCAUUGCCUCACGCAACACUGAAGAGGUUUCUGAUUUCACCUUAAGAAUCCAGGUCAAAGACGACCAAGAUUGUAUACUGGCUCAGUUUUGUGUCCAGACACCAACACCACCACCCAAAGCAGGACCAAAGACAUCAGUGCAGCGGCGCUUUCUAAAGAAGAAGGAAGUUGGCAAGAUAGUUUUGUCCCCGCUUGCGAUCGCCACCAAGUACCCUGUUUUCCAGGACAGGAGGAUAAACAACCUGAAGUUUGGUAAAUUAAUUAAAACUGUCAUCCGACAAACAAAAAAUCAGUACUUGCUCGAGUACAAAAAAGGAGACUUUGUAGCUCUGUUGAGUGAGGAGAAAAUCAAGCUGAAGGGCCAGUUGUGGACAAAAGAAUGGUACAUUGGAUAUUAUCAGGGCAAAAUGGGGCUUGUCCAUGCAAAGAACGUGCUAGUGGUUGGCAAAGUUAAGCCCAUUUACUUCAGUGGACCCGACCUUACAACUUCAUUGUUUCUGGAGCAAAUACUUAAACCCUGCAAGUUCCUCACAUACAUCUACGCCUCCGUAAGAACUAUACUGAUGGAGAACAUCGGCAACUGGCGAGCGUUCGCGGACGCGCUUGGAUAUGUCAACCUGCCGUUGACGCACUUCUGCCGCGCGGAGCUGGACAGCGAACCUGAGAGGGUUGCAUCGGUGCUGGAGAAGCUGAAGGAGGACUGCAACAAUACAGAGAGCAAAGAGAGGAAGUCCUUCCAGAAAGAACUCCUGACGGCUCUUUUGAAGAUGGACUGUCAGGGUCUCGUUGCCAGACUGGUCAUGGACUUUGUCCUCCUGACCACGGCUGUGGAGCUGGCCGGGCGCUGGAGGGAGCUGGCCGAGAAGCUCGCUAAGGUUUCACGCCAGCAGAUGGACGCUUACGAGGCGCCGCACCGCGACAAGAACGGGGUGGUGGACAGUGAGGCCAUGUGGAAGCCGGCGUAUGACUUCCUGGUCACGUGGGCCGCUCAGAUCGGGGACAGCUACAGGGACGUGAUCCAGGAGCUGCACAUGGGCCUGGACAAGAUGAAGAACCCCAUCACCAAACGCUGGAAGCACCUGACCGGCACGCUAAUCCUGGUCAACUGCCUGGACGCCCUGCGGAGCUCGGCCUUCAGCCCCGCUGUUCAGGAUGACUACGCCAUCUGAACUCUGCUUCGUGACUCCUUAUCUCCCCCGCCGGUGUUCUCCAAACACCAGCUCACCUCGCUCCUUCUUCUGGAGCAUUUUAAAAAGUUACACAGUGUGAAAUGCUGCAUAUCAGCUGUCUGCUCACUCCGAAUGCCACCACUGCUGUCCUAUAUAGUCGUUUUGUUCCUGUGGCGCUGCCUUUAGAUCCUCGUGCCCAGGGAUCAUCACCGGACUGCCCCCAUGUCUCCGCCAAACAACCUAGUGCCGUAUGGAGCUCACAGUAUUCACAAAGACUCUUUUAAUAGUUCCUGUCUGGCAUAGUUAUGUAUUUUUGUACUCUUAUUAUGGCACAGCAUUUUGUAAAGCAACACUUUGAAACCUUUUGGUGUAGAACUGUGGAUUGAAUGCCAAGAAAGACGCCUUUUCAAAAAAAGACUCGUUUAGAUAUCGUAUCCUUGUUGCCGUAGCCUUGUCAUGUGUCAAUCCUGUUCUGUUUAUUUAUACAUCAAAGAGAGAAGUCACAUUUUCUUCUCUUCUUCAGGUUCUCUCUCACUGUGGUCCUUCUCAUUUCAGAGAUCCGGAUAUUCUGCAAGUUUUUUUAAGGCCUGGCACUGAAGAAAACAGGAUAAUUCAUUAAUCUUGAACACCCGAGUUUUGAAAUCAAGCUGCCCACUUGUGCUGAAAUGAUAAGUCGGUUAACUGAAGUCAUCUUACAGAAAAUUAAUCGGCAACAGAUUUUGAUCGUCUAAGCUGAUUAAUUGCUUGUUGUAAAAACUUAAAAAAGGUCUCUGGUUCCAGCUUCUCACGUGCGAAUUUGCUGCUUUUUUGUUUCAUAUCAUCAGAGACCGAAUUUUUUCGGGUUCUGAACUGUUGGCCGGACAAAACAAGGAAUCUGAGAAUGCCAUUUGAAAAUUGUGACAGACAUCUUUCAGUUCUCUGAUUAAACUGUUAAUGCAUGGAGUUGACAGUUCAUUCUCUACAAACAAUCUCAACUCAAGGUCCGCCUACUCAAUUUGUUCUUGUACUUUUGACCAUAUCACAUAUUCUUCAUCAGCAGCUUGAGUUUGCUCAUCCGUCAUGAAACGGUAGAUGGUCGGACGUCUAGGGACAGGGGUGUCCACACGUUUCAUGCCACGGGCCACACGGAGAACAACAUACACAGUCCUUGGCCAUGAGCCUUUUAUUAUAAACUCAUUUUGAUAGAGACUAUCUUAUCUAGGCACUUUGCCCUGUGCACUUGAGUCUGCAGUAAGAUGAUAUGGUCACUUAAAUUUUACUCAGCAGUAAAUAUCCCUCCUAAUAGGAGCACUGAUGCUGGCCUUUGGACUAAAGAAUUGCUGGCAGGUCAGGAGGGAGUCUUAGUAGUGGAGAUUCAUCACCGAGGUGACCGUCGGUCUUGGACCUCAGUCUGCUCUGGGUCACUGUCAUCAGAGAAAAUGCUUGCUCACAUAUAAAUGUAGAGCCAAAUAAACUGAGCAUCCUUUUGGCAUCGCCAACGCCUCGUCUGGGCAAAUCUGGACUUCUACAAACCCCAGUUGAACUCUUUAGAGAGUAUCAUCACAUUGCAUUUCACAACAACAUGUCCUCCUGUACUCCUUCCACGUCAACAAAGGAAGGAUUUGAGAAAAGGCCCGCGUCCGCCUCAAUGGCAGCCAAAUCUUGAAAGUGCUGGUUAAAUUCAGUGAUCCGUGAUGUGAGCAGAGUCACAUAUUUCCCCAUUCUCACUGAAAAUGCUGGCGUUCGGGAACAUGGAGAUCAUUUCCCACAGGGUUGGGAAGUGUGCAGCACUGCAGUCAUGGAUUUGCCUCAGAAAGUCAAAGCUUCACAACAAAUGAUUUCAUGUGUGCGUACGCUUCAACUAAAACAAAGCGAGUUCUGCAACCACUCAGGGCUGCUCAGUCCAACGAGGUUGUGGUCUGUUUUCCAAAAAACAGAAAAAAAAAAGUCCCUCGAAUAAGCCAGCACACAUCUAAAUGGUAGAUUACGUCCCAGUAUUAUGCUUCAUUUUCUGACAGGAAGCCCGAAUUUCCCGGUGAUUAAGCGUGUUGAAGAACUGACUUGUAAUAUAGUCAGCAGGCCAGAUAUAAUUUUAAAAUGUCUCAUGGGCCAUAUAAAUUAAGGUGAUGUGUCAGACAUGGCCCGACUGUACGACAUCUCGUUGCUGCUGAGAAUCGUGCGAUCGUUUUGAUGAAGCCGGAGAACAAGCUAGCAAGUAGACCUGGAGUUGAGAUUGUUUUCUCAUCAAUGAAUCAAUAUUUUUUUGAUUAGUUGAUUAAAAUAAUUAUUUUCAGUCGUACCCUCCAUAUAACAGCUGAAGAUUAUCCACUCUCUGCCGUCUCCUGCUUGUAAUUUUCUUUGUCCCAUAGAGAGUACCUUUUACCAAAGCUUGCCAAAAAUGAAUACAGUUCUACACAGCUUGUACAAUGUUGAGACCACUGUUGUAAUGACACUGUCCAUCAAAGCUUCUGGUUAGGGUUUGUCUCAGUGCUGCAUACUGUAUAAUGUGGUAGUAACACAUCCAGUGGUCAGUUUGAAAACCUCUUUGUGACUGCAUACUUUUGUUGAAAAGACUCUAAAUAAAAUGUAAAUAUUUGUACAUGCAAUUGGUCAGGUUGUACCUGCUUUUGGCCGCAGGCUGCGGUGAUCAUUUCCCUGGAAAAGCAGACACCAAACAGAACAUCACAGUCGGGAGGAUUCCUUAUCUGAAACGGCGGCGACAGGUCAACAUGUUUUGUGUGUUAUCGACGGUCCGUUUUUGGCAAAAGCCUCCGAAAAUA